CUCCAACACUCCAUAGAGAGUGAGCUUGAAGAACAAACCCUCUGAACCAAAACCCUAACCCCCUUUCCUUCCAUUUCCGAUGGGUCACAUUGGUAGCAGCAAGGACGGCAUUGGCAUCAACCUCGACGACGACAUCGUCGACGCCAUGGACGUCGACGUCGACUUCGACCUCGACGACGACGACGAAGAUUCCUCUUCCAACGCCGAGAUUCUCAAGGAGCUAGGAGAAGACAUGGUCAAGCAUUUCUGCACCAAAGCUUCCAGAAUGUUCUUCGACGAGCACGGCCUCGUCAGCCACCAGAUAAACUCCUACAACCAGUUCAUCGCCGCCGGUCUUCAAGCCGCGUUCGAUGCCUUCGGCGACCUCAAUGUCACGCCCAGCUACGAUCCUUCCAAGAAGGGUGACAACGAGCAUUUCAAAUACGCCACCGUCAAGUUCGGGAAGGUAACGCUUGAUCGGCCGAAGUUCUGGGGCGGCGCGGCGAAUGCUCAGGAGUUUAAGAUGCUUCCGAGACAUGCACGCCUUCAGAGGAUGACUUAUGCUGCUAAAAUGAAAGUCACUGUUGAAGUUCAGGUGUUUACGCCGCAUAAGGUUCGGAGUGAUAAGUUUAAGACUGGGAAAGAAGAUUACAUUGACAGAGAGAUUAUAAAGGAAGAUAAGAGAGAGAUAAUUAUUGGGAGAUUGCCUGUUAUGGUUAUGUCUGAUCUGUGUUGGAUGAAGGAAGCUGAAAAGGGUGAUUGCGAUUUUGAUCACGGAGGCUAUUUCUUGAUUAAGGGUGCUGAGAAGGCCUUUGUUGCACAGGAACAACUAUUUCUUAAGAAGCUCUGGGUUUCAAAUACUCCAGAUUGGGCAAUUGGGUACAAGUCGCUGAACAAGCGAAAUCGGUUGAUUCUGAAACUUGUUGGCAAUUCCAAAUUUGAAGAAAUAAACAAUGGGGAGAAGGUCCUGAGUGUUUAUUUCUUGGGUGUGGAGGUUCCCGUAUGGAUACUGUUUUUCAGUCUUGGCGUCUCAUCAGACAAAGAGAUCAUAGAUCUCAUUGAUUAUGGGAAUGAAGAUACCCAAAUUCAGAAUAUCUUCUUUGGAUCCAUUCGUGAUGCCGAUGAGAAAUGUUCUGGUUUUCGUAAAGGGAAGAACGCACUGCACUACAUGGAGGAACAUGUGAAAGGUAUCCAGUAUCCUCCUUCAGAGUCUAUGGAGGAGUGCCUGAACUUGUACCUCUUUCCUGGCAGCAGCGGUUUGAAUAGGAAGGCACGCUUCCUUGCGUAUAUGGUGAAGAGUCUGUUGCUUGCAUAUACGGGCCGCAGAAAAUGCGAUAACAGGGAUGAUUUCCGCAAUAAGAGGUUUGAGUUGGCUGCUGAGCUGCUUGAGCGUGAGCUGAAAGUGCACUUUGCACACGCCCGAAAGCGAAUGUCUAAGGCUUUGCAGAGAGAUCUGAAUGGAGAUCGUGAUGUGCGCCCAAUUGAGCACUAUCUCGAUGCUUCAAUUAUUACCAAUGGUCUCCAAAGGGCCUUUUCCACUGGAGCGUGGACUCAUCCUUAUAAAAGGUUAGAAAGGACCUCUGGUGUUGUUGCAAAUCUUGGGCGAACUAAUCCAUUACAGACCAUGGCUGAAUUAAGAAGAACAAGGCAACAAGUUCAGUACACUGGAAAGGUUGGGGAUGCUAGAUACCCGCAUCCUUCUCACUGGGGCAAGGUCUGUUUCCUCUCUACCCCGGAUGGUGAAAAUUGUGGACUAGUAAAAAAUUUGUCUGUCACAGGACUAGUGAGUACAAACAUAAGUGAAUCUAUAUUUCCUCAGUUGCUUGAUUGUGGAAUGGAAGAGCUUGUUGAUGAUACUACCACUUUUCUGAGCAAAAAAGACAAAGUCUUCCUAAAUGGGGAUUGGGUUGGAGUUUGUCCAGAUCCAAUUUCAUUUGUGGCAGGUCUACGGAGUAAAAGGCGUAGAAAUGAAUUGCCACACCAGGUGGAAAUUAAAAGAGAUCAACAUCAACAAGAAGUGCGCAUAUACUCUGAUGCUGGAAGGAUUCUACGUCCUCUUUUGGUAGUUCGUAAUUUGCUCAAGAUUAAAGGAUCUAAGUCGGAACCUCAAACUUUCCAGUCCCUAUUGGAUAAUGGUGUGAUUGAACUGGUAGGACCAGAAGAAGAAGAGGACUGCUGCACUGCUUGGGGUGUUCAGAGUUUAUUUGAAAAAGUGGGAAAAUCCUCUGUAAAGUACACACAUUGCGAACUUGACAAGUCAUUCUUAUUGGGUUUAGGCUGUUCACUUAUUCCAUUUCCAAAUCAUGACCAUGCAAGGAGGGUACUCUACCAGUCUCAAAAACACUCUUCACAGGCUAUUGGCUAUUCCACAACAAACCCUGAUAUUAGAGUUGAUACUUUAUCUCAUCAAUUGCAUUAUCCCCAAAAGCCACUUUUCCGAACAAUGAUAUCUGACUGCCUGGGAAAACCACAGCCACUAGCUCAAAAUCAAGUUCUUCCAAAGGCUGAGUUCUAUAAUGGGCAGAAUGCAAUUGUUGCUGUCAAUGUACAUAUGGGAUACAAUCAGGAAGAUUCUCUGGUGAUGAAUCGUGCUUCUUUGCAGCGUGGUAUGUUUAGAUCUGAGCACGUACGGAGUUACAAAUCUGAGAUUGAAAAUAAGGACUCUGCAGAGAAGAAACGGAAACCAGAUGAUAUUGUCAAUUUUGGGAAGGUUGAAAGUAAAAUUGGCCGAGUCGAUAGCCUUGAUGAUGAUGGCUUUCCAUAUGUUGGUGCAAAUUUGCAAAGUGGGGAUAUCAUUAUUGGGCGGGGUGCUGAGUCAGGAGCAGACCAUAGUAUUAAGUUAAAACACACUGAAAGGGGUUAUGUUCAAAAGGUUGUCUUAUCUUCCAAUGACGAGGGAAAGAAUUUUGCCACAGUUUCAUUAAGACAGGUUCGUAGUCCAGUUCUUGGAGACAAGUUCUCCAGCAUGCAUGGUCAAAAGGGUGUCUUAGGAUUUCUGGAGUCUCAGGAAAAUUUUCAUUUCACAAGCCAAGGCAUUGUUCCUGAUAUUGUCAUUAAUCCGCAUGCAUUUCCCUCACGACAAACUCCUGGGCAACUCCUUGAAGCUGCUUUAGGAAAGGGGAUUGCUGGUGCUUUAGAAAAGAGGUUUUCUCGUCGUGGAUUAUUGAGACAUGCUACCCCUUUCUCCACUCCCUCUGUCGAAGCCAUUAUGGACCAGCUUCACAGAGCUGGGUUUUCAAGGUCGGGAACUGAGAGGGUAUAUGAUGGGAGGACUGGUGAGAUGGUGCGUUCGCUCAUAUUUAUGGGCCCCACCUUCUAUCAGAGACUACACCACAUGUCUGAGGACAAAGUAAAAUUCAGGAACACUGGUCCGGUUCACCCGCUAACCCGACAGCCUGUUGCUGACCGGAAGCGAUUUGGAGGUAUCAAGUUUGGUGAAAUGGAGCGUGAUUGCCUCAUAGCACAUGGCGCAUCAGCAAACCUGUAUGAACGCCUCUUCACUCUGAGUGACUCGUCCCAGAUACACAUUUGCAGUAAAUGCAAAAAUGUUGCAAAUGUGAUCUUAAGGCCGGUGGCUGGUGGCCGUAAAAUACGAGGUCCCUAUUGCCGCUUCUGUGAAUCUGCUGAUGACAUUGUGGUAGCCAAUGUCCCUUAUGGAGCUAAGUUAUUGAGCCAAGAGCUUUUUAGCAUGGGCAUUAAUCUCAAAUUUGAAACUGAACUUUGCUAGAUGAGACAACAACUGUUUAACAUGUAGCAUUUCUAGCUCUUUCACCUAAAACUUGUGAACUCUGUGGUGUAUAUAUCAGUUCGGUUCCUGGAUGUUUGUUUACUUGAAUGUUUAUUUUGGAGUAGUGAAUGACAUGCACCCAGUUUAACUAA